AUGCACUCGAUUAUCACCCCUGCUAUUAUGUACUGGGGCACCCCAGUAGUCCUGAUUACGACAAAGAACGAGGAUGGGACUGCCAACAUUGGGCCGAUGUCAUCAGCCUGGUGGCUCGGCCACCGAUGCGUCCUGGGACUGGCUUCGAUGUCUCAAACUACGAUCAACUUGUUGCGCACAAGUCAAUGCGUUCUCAACCUUCCUAGUGACGACAUGGUCCACUAUAUCAAUCCGAUCGCGAAAACUACUGGUUCCCCCGAUGUCCCUCCAGUGAAGCAAAUGCUUGGAUACGACUAUUGCAACGACAAGUUCAGGCUUUCUGGUCUGACACAGCAGGCAUCGGAUUUUGUGCAGCCGCCACGCAUCGCCGAGUGUCCAGUGCAGAUGGAAGUCGAGUUAAUGAACAAGAUGGAGUUGAUGCAAGAUCUGCCAGAUCGGAAGGGGAUUUUGUUAGCGAUCGAAGUCAAAGUUCUCCGAACACAUGUUCGGAAUGAUCUGCGCUUGGCUGGCCACGCCAAUAGGAUUGAUCCUGACUGUUGGCGGCCGAUGAUCAUGAGUUUUCAGGAAUUCUACGGCCUCGCGUCUAAGAAAGUGACGGAGUCAAACCUUGCCACAAUUGACGAAGAGAAGUAUCGCAUAAUUACUCGGUCUGAUGUUGUCAAGCAAGGGGGGGAUAUGGAUAGGUGGAACAGCAGAGAAACUACUACUAUCAAUGGGGAAGAGCAAUGCUUCGAUACUUCUGAAAAUGGUAUUGUACUUGCUCACCGGGAAUGA